UUUAAAUAUUUCACUUGUGUGUGUAAUUGUUUUUUUUUUUUAUUAUAAACAGAUACACUUUGGGAAUAGUGAGCUUUGUUCAUAUUCAUGUCUAGACCGCCACCUGUUUCAGGGCAAAUGGCAUCACCCAAGGAUCAAGCAAUGCCUACAGAAAAAACUCUACCACCAGUCAAGUAUUUACCAUUAAGGAAAAGACUGACCAUUGAAGGAAUGAAGACACCAAAGAAACAAUGUGUAAGACAUGAACUAAACCACCAAGAUCAGACAACAUUAUCUCCGCAUAAAUACUCAACAACAACAGAGAAGGAUGCUCUAGAAGAUACAAAUGCUAUAAAAAAUACACCAUUAGCUAAAGUAUACAAGACUGUGGUCAUUCAACAAAAAAUGGCUUUUGGUAAAGGUCCUUGCAAUCCUUUAUUAUGGAACAAUGAGGAUGCCGAAAAGAAUGCGCCUUGGAUGGCAGUAGAAGAAUCCAUAAACUCAUUCAAAUCUGCAUGGUUUGAAAGCGAUACGAAUGAAGACGCUGAAGUAGAAGAAGAAGAAAAGCCAAUAAAGAAGACAGCCAAAAGAGGAAGACCAUCAUCCAAUUCAAAACAGCGGUCAAUAGAGUCAGACCCAAAUGUACCAAAGAGAAAGAAUAGCAGUCUAUCGACGAAAAGGUCUGAUCUUUUUGACAGUAAGCUAUAUUGUAUUUGCAGACAACCUUAUGAUGCUACAAGGUUUAUGAUUGCCUGUGAUCGAUGUGAUGAUUGGUUUCAUGGAGAAUGUAUCUCGAUUAGAGAAAUAGACAGUGACUUUGUUGACCUUUAUUUUUGUUCUAAAUGUUCCCAAGCCACUGGAAAAAAGACAUCAUGGAAGCCCAAAUGCGCUAACCCUGCCUGCUGCAGAGCAGCCAGAAUUAGUUCACACCUUGGCUAUUUAUCCAAGUACUGUUCAAAUGUAUGUGGUAUGCAGGUUGCACGAGCUAGGUUAGAAUUACUGGAAAUCAAACGGCGACAUGCAACUAAUGCCAACCAUUUGACGCCUAUUUCAGAACUGGUCUUAGCUAAACAGAGGCAGUCAAGGAUAAACUCAUGUGCAGAUAAGGAAGAUAGAGAGAGAUUGAUACAAAUACGUCAAGAGCAAAAAGAUAUAAAAGCUGCUGUAGACAUCUUGAAACGAAAAGGCAAGCUUGUAGAAUUACUAGUUGGACUAAGGCCGUUUAUCGAACAAGAUGAAAAUGUUCCUUGUGGGUUUGACUCAAGAUUGGUAUGGAAUGAUGAUAUAUGGAGCAAGAUAAAUCACGAUCCGAUAUUAGAUGCACAGAUGCAGAUAAGGUUUGACUCGAAUGAGCCAUUCGAUGUCUGUCAGCGCUUAAAAUGUAUAAAACAUCGGCAGUGGCAAAAGAUUUCAUUGAUUGAAAUCAAGCAAGAGAAGAAGGAACUAUUUAAAAAGCUAAUAGACUUGGAACAGGAAAGGAAUCAAAUCAAAACACGUAUGAGGAAAAGAAGAAGUCAUUCGGACUUAAUUAAGGACUAUUUAUUGAAUAAUAGCAUUUCAAUGUAAACACAUUCGUUAAAGAAAUACCCCCCACCAAUCCCCCCUUUUUUACAUAAUUUGCACCCUUUCAUUUUUGUUAGUUGCUCCACCCCUUCUUUAUUGUAGAUAUCAUUAUAACUUAAUUCAUUAUACAUAUUGUUC